UAGGCUCACAGAAAAACAGAAACUGUAGCUGCACACAGGAAGAAUCAAGCUACAAAUGAAUUCAUGAAUGUCUUUAGCAGAGACCUGGAAAUAUCUCUAUCAGUUACAGAAAAUUAUUCAUAAAUAAUGUCUCUGUUGAUGCAUAAUCUGCUCUGUCUGUGCUCUGGCUUGAGAUUCAUUGUCUUACUUGUAAUGCCUUUUAUUCUUAUAGAUACAGUGUGUAUCGUUCCUCUGUUUGAUGAUACGGCAGCUUCAGGGUGUUAUAGAGCCAUACAUCUCCAUGCCAGCUUCAACUUAGUGUAAUGAAACGAAUGAUGAUGCUGUCCCCUGUGGAUGCAACUGGGGUCAGGCAUAGCUGACGUUAGCUGACUUUACCAUACAUUUAUGGUACCCUUUUCCUUUAAUACCAUAAAUAUCUCUGGGUGUAUGAGACCAUUGAGCACUCCUAGGUAAAACUGAGUAUUUAAAAAAAAAAAAAAAUCCAAUAUACAAUAUUUUUGCUGCUUUUGGUGCAAUAUAGUGCUGCGGGGAAAACUUCUAAACUCUUUAGCCCACAAUCUUUUUCGAGACACUUAUGUACACUAUACUUUGAUUUGUAAUAAACAAAAAACAUCAAUGUUUUGUCAUCAUUGUUCAUCAUUACUCCGUUAGUUAAAACCAAUUAGAGCUGCUGCAGAUCCUGACGAAGCACAAAGCAUAAUGUUCUUCUGUCGGUAUUUCAGCUCAAAACAAAUUCAUAUUAUCUUCUGCAACAGUUACAAUGCUUUAAUAGCAUGUCAUUGUUUAUCAAAUGGGUGGAGGUUACUCUAAUAAUAUCGCCACAGCAACAACCUAUUAUGCUAACAACUUUUUUUUUUUUAUUUCUUUCUCCACCACCCAAGUGUUUUUUUUUUUUUUUUUCUAUGUUUGUCUGACUGGGUGUGUCCCUGCUCUGUAACACGAGAGCCACAUGACCAAUAGGAAGACAAACAGUCUUGAAGUUAGUGUGUUUCUUCCGCAAACUGUUGAAGUUCUUGCUGUGUGGUAAGAGGAGCGUGACAGCAGGCCACAGCCCAACAACACUGCAACAGAACUAAUCUGUCUGAGCCACAUUAACAAACAUGGCAGAGCAGCUACAGAAGCUUGUAGCAGAGAAGAAGGAUAUGGUGGAGACUGUGAUGGAAGUGUUUGAACAGGGAGCUGAAGUAGUGGCCAGUAUCGCUGGUGACCUCUUCCCCGUUUUCUCCAUCGCCGCUCCGAUUGUGAAACUGGCUCUGGACAAUGUGGAGAGCAAAGAGGCCACAUUCAUGAAGGAGCAGUUUCAGAAGGUACGAGAGCGUCUGGAGGUGGUGUCAGAGGAGAUUCAGCGGAUCAACGAUGAGAUCAAGAAAAGUGGAAUGGAUGCUAUGUAUUUCUCAGUGGAGGAGAACAUCACAAACCAGUUCAGGAAGUACAUGGACAUCCUUAAUGCCAAGCCCAAGGUCAGGGAAGUCAAAAAGAAGCUUUUCCUGGACCAUUUUGCCAGGACGGGUGGUGACAAAAACCUUUACACCCUCUACAAUGCUGUGACAGGAGACAACUUCUCUGGAGAACCUGUGCUAGAGAUCACCCUCAACUACGAGGAGAAAAGUCGCCGGGCGAUGGAGGAGUUCUGCGCCAGGCUGAAGAAACUUUUCUGCAUCGGACUCAUCGCACUGUUGGGCCAUGCUGCUCUGAAGGGAUAUGAUGAAGAGGACGCACUUCUGAAAGACUGGAGUGAGAAAAUGAACACCGUCCAGGCUAAAAUGAACACUGUGAUUGAAGACUGCAUCGUCAGCUUCCCCACACAGGCCGAACUGGAUUCCCGUCGUCUGGUGAGAGACCAGUCGGGCUUGACCAGCCAGCAGUUAGCUGAUGCUCUCAUAGACAAACUAAAGAAGAAAUAUGACUGGGUGGGCUGGUCCGUGCGUAUAUUCUGGUCCCCCUCAGGCUGGUUUGUCGACAAGAAGAAUUACCACUGCCCGACAGGGAAGAGUCGCUUCCAGGUCUCUUCAUCGGACGAGAAACUUAACGUCUGGGUGUCCUACAGCUCCUCCCCUGAGCCUGUGGAUAAGAAUCACAUCCAGCAGCUGAUCCUGAGUCUAAAGAAACCCACGGUGGUGAAUGUAGCAGAGACCCUGUUUGAGAAGUUGCCCGGCGACUGUGUGGUCCACACGGUCAAAACCAGCAAAGACCUGGCCUGCGCCUGGAGUUUCACCGAUGAGCUCCACUACUGGGAAGAGCAGAAAAACUUCUACGUCUGCGUUCACUCCGCUUGAAUUUUGAGAUACUCAAAAGGCCCUUACUCCAGAUUUGUAGGCUUUUCCAUGUUAAUCACAGAUUCAAUUGCUGCCUCUCUGCUCAGCCUUAGCAGUGAAAUAUUACAGUAUGUGCCUUAAUUCCAUCUCCCUGUCUUUUUUAAGCGACUUAUUCUCUUUUUCUAAGAAUGUUUACUGUUAGUUUCUUUCAGACAUGAGGUGCAACCACUAGAAACCAAGAUAAAAUAGAUUUUUUUCGCUAAGAGUAAUGAUCUUUCUGAUCUCACACAGCUGUGCAAACCUCUCGGUUCAGCCUGUAUUAUAUUCUAGUCUCUUUUUGUUAUGUUUUGUUUGUAAGUAUUAGAUUGUGAAAUUUAACAAUAUCCAAGCUGAUCAUUUCUGACAAAUUCUGUCGUAAGCUCUACCACUGUAUUUUACUUUUUACUGUAGUCAUAAAGUUCUGGAGGAUGUGGUAGUUUUGUUACAGUGGGGCAUGCUGGGAAAUAUGUUGAAUUAGAGAAUCCAGCUGUCAUACAGAGAUUAUGUUUUGCUGUGUAGUGAUAAGCAAUGACCUCGCCCUGUUGAGGGCGUAUUAACCAAAGCCAUGAGAGAAAAUGGCUCCAGACAUUUACAGAGAUUGUAACAAAAGCCUUAAAGCCUUCUUUUUGAUUUCAUGUCUGCUGAUCUGACAGACACAGUAGACCUUGCUACUGGCUGCUGUACAGCACAAGCAAAACACAAAAAGCAGAAGAGACAAGGCCUCAGACGACAUUUGCUGGGUGGGACUGGUACACAUGAAACUUUAUUUACACAAGCUGCCAUGAUCAUGCCGAAGCGUAGUGACGGCAACACUUUGUUUACAUACAGAUGCCUAGCAUAUCUCUUCCAGUGUCAUAGCUUUACCUGUGUGAUUGUGCAGCACAAACUGGAAACUUGUACCUGCUCAAAACUCUCAACUUCAGUUAUUUUAUACUUUGACAGAGGAUUUACUUUCAUAUAGCAAUAAAGGGUUGGUUGGAUUUUGGAAAUGGGAAACUUUGGGAAUUUAAGGUAUUUUCAAGAGAUUUUCAUCUUACGUUUGUGUAAUCUGACAAUGCCAUUGACACUACGUUGUGAGAACUUAAAUAUGUCAUGCAGACACAGAGACACUGCAGAAAUUUUCUUCACACCUUGUACAUCACUGACCUGACCUGAUUGUUUUAGAUAUUUUGUGGGUCAUUGUACACCACUAUGUGUAAUCUGUGUUUCUUCUUUCUUUCUGUAUUGUUAAAAUUGUCUUUAUGAGUUUAUCACGUCUUUGAACAUUUUGAUAUCUGACCAAAACAUGCCCUAUAAGAAUUGUAAAAGUACUGAUAGAAAUGUGUGUUGCACCUUUAUUACACAUACAGUGAGUGUGGGUUGGCAGUAUCUCAGAUUAAAAAUCCUGUUGGUACACCAAAGCAAUGAAUGUAAUGAAUAUUCCAAAUAAACUCAGUUAUACAUGA